CUAUGACCGCCGCCUUGCCGGUCGCAUCUGAGAUGGGAAACCGAAAGUCAAUCAAGAAGCGCCGCAGAGGAAAGAAAGGUGCGCAGGUCGCCGAUGUUCACAAGGUGGCAACAGCAACGAAGGAAGCUGGCCUGUCCAAGCCGCCGACAAACCAGUCACACCACAACGCUGAUGCCACUUGGACCGUGUACCUCAUCCUAACUGCUGCAGCCGCUGUUGGAGCAUGGUUCGAUCUUGUCACUCGGGUUGUUGCCGAUGAUUACACUUCGAGAUGGUGCAAGUUCCUCUUUGUCAUCCUUGUGUGCAUCAAUGUCCGCACGCACGUUCAACUUGGAGCCAAGCCCUGGACGAUCCGAGCCGUCAUGUACAUCGCAUGUAACUUUGCUGGCGCCACAACGAUCUGCAUUGCGCGCGCGGAAGUCCCAGCAUAUUUGCGGAAUGCGCAGCCUUGGAUCAAUGUCAUGACCGCGGGGGCGUUGGUAGAAGGCCUCUUGUUCGACGGUGCCUCUAGGAGAGUGCGGAGUAUGUGGCUCCGAGCGUUGUGCGUGGUGCCAGUGUCGCUGUGGAAGACCAAAACGCUCGGGAAGCUCAUCCACGACUGCUACAUCACGUCCGUGCCGCUCCAUCAAACGAUGCCGAUGGUGACCGCCGACAUGGCUGCCAGUGGCAUCACGAUGCUGUUCCUCUCGUACGUCGACCUCUAUGGGGCGACCGCGCUGCCCAAGCUAACGCAGCGCCUGAAGGACAUUGCGCUGCAUGUUGUUGUCGUUGGGUUCAUUGCCCUUGUGUGGAAGACAGAAGAAGCGGCUCCAUGGCUGCAUCCGCAUGCCGCGCCAGUCGCGGGUGGACUGGUGCUGCUGUACAACUUGGUCAAGUUUUGCUGGCUCCCGCUUGAAUUUGCCCUUGUUCCCAGCCCCAAGCAGAUGUAACGAUCAAUAGCAGAUCCAUAGUCUUUUUUACAAUCUAUAUAACAAUUU